AUGGGUUUCGCAGCAGCCGAAGGGACGACCGACCCCCCUGAGGUCCGCAACUGGACGAUCCAUUACAUCGCCCUCGUGGCCUCCAUGGCAGCCCUCUCUAUGGGCUACGAUACCGCCGUGAUUGGCGGCACAAUGUCGCUCGACUCCUUCGUCCGCGACUUCGGCAUCGACAACAUGACCCCCUCGGAACGUGACAACUCCCAGGCCAACAUCGCCUCCAUGUUCCAAGUCGGCGCCUUCUUCGGCGCCCUGCUGACCUUCCCCGUCGCCGAGAAAUACGGCCGCAAACGGGCCAUCAUGACCGCCGCCCUCGUCUUCUGCGUCGGCGGCGCCAUGAUGUCCGGCGCGAACGGGAUGCUGGAGCUGGUGUAUGCCGGCAGGGCGAUCGGCGGCUUGGGCAUCGGCAUGGCGACUAUGACGGUGCCGGUGUACAUCGCGGAGACAUCGCCACCGAGCAUCCGCGGGAGGCUGGUGGGCGUGUUUGAGAUCUUCUCGCAGGGGGGCGGGAUGCUUGGGUUCUGGAUCAACUAUGCCACGGACCGGACGAUCGACGAGCGGGAGAGGGCGCAGUGGAUCGUGCCGUUGGCGCUGCAGCUGCUCCCGGCUGUGUUGCUAUUUUUUGGGAUUAUGUUCUGUCCGGAGUCGCCGCGGUGGCUUGCUCGUGGGGAUGACUUCGAGGCGGCGGAGAAGGUGUUGGUGUAUAUUCGCGGGCUCCCUGUGGACCACCCGUAUGUGCAGAAUGAGAUGAGAGAGAUCAGGCAGCAGGUUGAGGAGAGGAGCACCAUGCGGUUGAGCAAGAAGCAACAGUUUCGAAAGCUGCUAGCCCCGGGGACGAGGAAUCGAGUUGGAGUCGGUGCCUUCGUCAUGUUCCUGCAAAGUUUCACUGGAGUUAACAUUAUGACUUAUUUCAGCCCGAGAAUAUUUGAGACGUUGGGUAUCGUGGGAACCAGCAACAAAUUGUUCAGCACCGGCAUCUACGGUGUUGCUAAGAUGCUCGGUAUGAUCCUCUUCGCCGUGUGGGUUGUUGAAAAGAUCGGUCGUCGUGGAGGGCUCCUUUGGGGAUCCGUCAUAGCGGAGAUCUUCCCGUUGGAUGUCAGAAUGUUCUGCGUUGCGAUCUCAACGGCAAGCACAUGGCUGGGUUCGUUCGUAGUGGCCAGAGCCACACCGUUCAUGAUCACAGACCUGGGGUACGGAACCUACUUCAUGUUUGCUGGGUUCUUGAUUGGCAUCGGGUUGUGGUCAUUUUUCUGUGUUCCUGAGACGAAAGGAGUCUCACUGGAAGAGAUGGACGCCCUCUUCUCACGGCCUACUCAUCUUGCCGUCUGGGCACAACUUCGCGGCAGGCCGAUUCUUCCCCAAGACAACAUCUCAGUUGUUGAAUCCAUGGAUAAGAACGAUGCAAAGGUCGAUGAAGUGGCAUAG